AUGACAGUACCAGGAUGGUGUAGAGGAAAGCAUAGCAGCCGUCCAGCUGCAGACCUGGGUUCAAUUCCCAGUCUUGGAAUAAUAAUUUUUUAAUUAACAAUAUAUAAUUUUGAUUUUUAUGUAAAUAACUUUUUUUCUAAAAUUAAAACCUUAUGA